AGCAUCAGCGCAGGGAGGCAAAUUUUCUGAUUUCCCCUUCGGGUUACCGACAGACACAUUUUAGAGCUUGGACAUAACAGACGCUACGCCGUUCCACGGCUUUGCUGCUAGCAACAAGGGCAAAUUAUCAAACGAUUCGGCAGCCAUCUUGGGUUGUGAAAAAGUUAAGUGUGUGGCAGCCAUCCAGUGCGCCCAAAGAGCGGAAAGUGAAAAAGUAAAUUAGUGAGGCGGCAUUGGUUUGAAAUUGGUGUGGAUCAAAAAGAAGCGGCAUCUCGGAACCGAUAUUCGAGCGCAAUAAAAUCGAGCGAGUGCUAUUCAUUUGGCGGGACACAGGCGUAUAGAGGAAGCUUGGUGAAAAUGGGUGAUUAUCAUCACGAUUCGCUUGGUGCCGGUCAGCUCGAGCUUGGUGGAAAUCCGGGCCUGGUGCUGCGGCGUGCCUUCGAUCCGACUGCACACGAUUUGGAGGUUUCCUUCCGGUUGACACGAUUUGCCGAUCUGAAAGGUCGAGGCUGCAAAGUACCCAAAGAUGUGCUGGAAAAGCUGGUCUCAUCCCUGCAGCAGGACUACACCCAAGAUCCGGAAUCACAGUACAUGUCUAUGUCGUCACCGCGCAUCGGCAUCGGUUUGGAUUGUUCCGUGAUUCCAUUGCGGCACGGUGGUCUCUGUAUGGUGCAGACAACAGAUUUCUUCUACCCGAUCGUGGACGACCCCUACAUGAUGGGAAAAAUUGCAUGCGCCAAUGUCCUGAGCGAUUUGUACGCCAUGGGAGUCACGGAGUGCGACAAUAUGCUGAUGCUGCUGGCGGUCAGUACCAAAAUGACCGAAAAGGAGCGGGAUGUUGUAAUUCCCCUCAUUAUGCGAGGAUUCAAGGACUCGGCGUUGGAAGCUGGCACUUCGGUUACCGGUGGUCAGAGUGUGGUCAAUCCCUGGUGUACCAUCGGAGGGGUGGCCACGACCAUCUGUCAGCAGAACGAAUUUAUUGUGCCGGAUAAUGCCGUUGUGGGUGACGUACUAGUUCUGACCAAAGCCCUGGGAACGCAGGUGGCAGUCAAUGCUCAUCAAUGGUUGGAUCAGUCCGAACGUUGGAACCGCAUCAAACUAGUCGUCUCGGAGGAAGAUGUUCGCAAAGCCUAUCACCGAUCGAUGGAUUCCAUGUCCCGGUUGAACCGAAUUGCUGCCCGGUUAAUGCACAAAUACAACGCGCAUGGUGCCACCGACAUCACCGGCUUCGGGUUGCUCGGACAUGCCCAGACUCUGGCAUCGCAUCAAAAGAAUGAAGUUUCUUUUGUUAUCCACAAUCUACCGGUGAUUGCAAAGAUGGCUGCCGUGGCCAAGGCUUGUGGUAACAUGUUCCAGCUUCUUCAGGGACAUUCCGCUGAAACAUCUGGAGGACUGCUGAUUUGCUUACCUCGAGAGCAAGCUGCCGCUUACUGCAAGGAUAUCGAGAAACAAGAAGGUUGCCAAGCGUGGAUCAUCGGCAUUGUGGAGAAGGGUAACCGCACCGCUCGUAUUAUCGAUAAACCACGAGUCAUCGAAGUUCCUGCCAAGGAAUAAGAAAUCCAACUAAAAAAACAACUUACGAUAAGCAACAUUCUUCGAUUUUCGCUUUUAAACUGAUUUCCCAAAUGCACAUUUCUUAACACCUCAGAACAUUUCCACAAUUCAAUGAAAAAGAUCUUGCGGCGUUUUUUUGCCAGUAUAAGGAAUAUCCUUCCAGGAAAUAAAACUAAACUACAUUCACGUAAGAAGAAUAACCAACAAUAUGGAAAUAGAUAAAAGAUGUGUUAAUAGUGAUUAAGAACAGUUUUUAUUAUUUCCUACUCUACACAUUUUAAUCGGUGGCCAUCGGAUGCCGAAUCGAUUUUGUUUCAAUGCCAAUUGCUUAGAUGCGGACAAAAAAAAAGACGAAGUUAAACUGAACAGAAAACCGGAAAGGAUUAUAACAUUAAGACUUUUUCGUUUUAUGAAAAACGCUUCAAAAUUAACAAUUAUAAAGCAGUUAAGAUAUUCGUAACAUAGUUUUGUAGAUGAUUAAAAGAGGAGAAUAAAACGAGUAUAAAUUUGA